UCCAUAAUUUCAUAUCUCCUUGUUCCUUUUGCUCCAAACUUUUUGAUUCCAUCAAAUGAAAAUUUUCUGCCCUAUGAGCUUUGCUCAUAACCUCAUCUUUAAGUCAAGAAAAUGUUUUCUUUUGUAGUUUUUAAAGAAAAUUUUCUUUGAGUUUUUUUUCCCAAAAUAGAAUUUUGAAAUAAUAUAUCUUUACGGAAUUUUUGAAAGAGAUAAAUAAAUGGAGAAUUCAUCAAUGGGAGCUGGAAUUAUGGCUGUUUUUGCAGUCUCUGGUGGUGUUGUCCUUCUUGCAUCGAAAGUCCAUAAACACCUCCUUUCUGAUUUCAUGGAGAAGAUAGAAUUUGAAAUUAGAUUGGAGAAACACCAACAAAAGAAGAAGGUGAAGUUUUCCAAUGAAGUUGUGAAGUUGGGCCCCCAAUUAGAGAAAGGUGAAGAUGUUGAUCAUAAUCCAAAGAGGAGGAGUAAUCCAAAGAGCUUUGAAUCCAUGCCUUUGAAUUGGCAAGCUCUUUAUAAAGGAAUCCUCCAACAUAAGUCCCUCAAACACUACAACUAAAAUUUUGUAUUAUUUACUCAAAUAUAUGGUUUUGGUAAUUUUGGAAUAUGUUUUUGUAACUUGUUGAAUUAUAAAUAAAUAAAUAAAUAAAUAAAGAUAAGGGAAUCAAAGGAAAUUAUUGACUCAUGCCCCCUCCCCCUCCCCCUCUCUCUCUCACA